AUUCCCUGCGUCUGCCAGUCCCGCCACGGAUUCAUUAGGGAUCCUCGAACAGAUGAGCCCCGUGGAGACGAGGAAUCAAGACAACGGAUUAGAGCCAAUUGCCUGCUUCGGGGACUGCCAGCCCUUCCAGGCCUGGUGACGGGGGAGGGAGGAGAUAGACGAACGGGGCGCCGCUGCGGGAAGACACCCGAAGCUAGAGCGACAAUCUUCCCCCUGCCCGCCCUCCUCUCCACCUGGCAGCACAGGCUUUGAAAGCUGCUCACCCAUCUGAAUGGAAACUAGGAACCGCCGGGCGGCGUGUUCCUUCUCGCCCAGCCUUGCGAUCUAUGCCGAGAGGAAGGCAGUGCGAGCCCGCUCCAGCGUCCAGCUCCCGGGACAGGGCCGGCAGUGCUGCUGAGCAGAACUUGACCGAGCUCCUUCCUCUCUGCUAGUGGAAGCGAUGCUGCACGGCACAGCCAGCGCUUCCCCGGCUCUCCUUCAAGCUGAAGGUUACCCACCCGCGCAGCCAGUCCCAAGCCUGUGAGCGCCGCGCCUCGGGUCCCGGCUCCGGCUGCUUGGUGGCGGCGCGCAGGGCAACUACCUGGCCGCCCGCGCCGGGGCGCACUGCACCAGCGGCUUCGGCUUGGUGGAUGUGUAUGCAUGAGUUCUGCACCGAAUGGGCGCAAAAAGCGCCCCAGCCGGUCCACCCGCUCCUCAAUCUUCCAGAUCAGCAAGCCCCCGCUGCAAAGCCGGGAUUGGGAGCGCAGGGGCAGCGGCUCCGAGAGCGCCCACAAAACUCAACGAGCCCUGGACGAUUGCAAGAUGCUUGUCCAAGAGUUCAACACGCAAGUGGCCCUGUACCGAGAAUUGGUCAUUUCUAUCGGGGACGUCUCUGUCAGUUGCCCCUCACUCAGGGUGGAAAUGCACAAGACAAGAACCAAAGGCUGUGAAAUGGCCCGCCAGGCACACCAAAAACUUGCUGCCAUCUCGGGCCCAGAAGGUGGUGAGAUCCAUCCAGAAAUCUGUCGGCUCUACAUUCAGCUGCAAUGCUGCUUAGAAAUGUACACAACAGAGAUGCUAAAAUCCAUAUGUCUGCUGGGGUCUCUUCAAUUUCAUCGAAAAGGAAAGGAGCCUGGAGGGGGAACCAAGAGUUUGGAUUGCAAAAUUGAGGAGUGUGCUGAAACACCUGCUCUAGAGGACUCCUCAUCUUCCCCUGUAGAUAUUCAGCAACAUUCCUGGCAGGUUUCCACAGACAUUGAGAACUCUGAAAGAGACAUGCGAGAAAUGAAAAACCUUUUAAGCAAACUCAGGGAAACUAUGCCUUUACCAUUGAAAAAUCAAGAUGACAGCAGCCUUCUAAAUCUGACUCCCUACCCCCUGGUUAGAAGACGGAAGAGAAGGUUCUUUGGGCUGUGCUGUCUUGUCUCAAGCUAG